AUGUUUAUUAGCAACACAACUUUUAGUUUGUAAAAGAAAAGAGAGAAUUUUGCUUUGAAUGUUAAACGCAUAGAUAGGGAAACUCUAUUAUCUAACAAUAGGAAGAAAAUGUUAUAGUAAAAUAAUAAUGACUUUGAAGUAGAUAAAACACUUCAUCUCUUAAAUGAAGCAAUUAAAGUUUAUAACAAAAAGGAUAUCAAAAGUAGCUUUAAGCAAAUCAAUGACUAUAAUAACUUUAAUGAGGAAUAAGAAAUAAGAUUAGUAUAAAUGAUUUAAACUCUCCUUAAACAUAAAGUUGAGGAUGAAAAUUCAUCUUUGCAUAAUGAAUGCUUGAAUAUUUUAGUUAAAUUAAGUUUGUUAAACAACUCAUCUUAAGAAUUAUUUAACACUUUGACAAUACUAUGCCAAUUGAUGGAAAUGUAUAACAACCAUAUUAAUCAAGCACUUUCUUACUAAAUUUUAGAUAAAAUACUAGCUUUUAUUGGUAAUAUUUCUUGUAAUAAUGGAUUUAUUAGUGCAUUUACAUCCAAAUUAAUAGAUAUCUUAUAAUAUCAGAUAAUUUUUGGCUAAAAAAGAUUGUUAUUUUAGGCAAUAUGGGCUUUAAAUAAUAUUUUGUAUGCAAUACAUAAUGAAACUGCAUUGUUAAACUAGAUAUUGCGAAGGAUAGGUUAAUCAGAUAUGCCUCAUUACUUAGUGCAAUAUGCAAAGAAGAACGAAAUUAAGCUUGAUUAAAAUUAAUUGAUUUAAAUAUACUGGUUAUAUGCAGAAUUGUCCUAAAUAAUCCCUUAUGAUUUUGCAUAGUUAUAAGUGAAGGAAGCAGAUUGUUUAGAAUUGUAAUUAAUAAAACUCUUUAUCUACUCUAAUUUGACAGGGUAAUAAAUAGUACCUAUAAAUUGUAAUAUUAAUUAACUUCUCAAUCUGUUUCCGGUGUCACCUAUUUUAAUAUAAAGAUAACUGUUAGUGAUCAUUGCUAAUUUAGUUCUUUAGACAGAGAUUGAAUUAGAGACAUUAAAGAACCUAAUUAAUUUUGCCUUUCCCAUUUGUCCUGUAAAAAUAGCUUUUAUUUCUAGAUAGAUACCAUGUUCUUAUUGCAUAACUGUUAAGUGA